CGGGCACGUACGCCCAGACCGGACGACCCGACCGCUCCCCAGUUCCCGUCCCGAGCGAACCCAAGCCAAAAGGCAAAAGCGCCUCACCCUUUCGCGAGCGUCUCGGCACCCCCUUCGUCCCCGCGCGCGGCGAGAGGAGAGAAUCAGGCGAGGGCGAGCGGAGAAGAUGUGCUGCUGCCCGAGUAAGGCGUGCUGCAUCUGCACGCUGAUCGUGCUGGUGCUGGUCGCCGUCGGCCUCGUCUUCGGCUUCGGCAUCUACACCCGCGGCUUCCACAAGCUCACCAGCAACAUCCACCUCGACGAUCGCCACCCCGGCGGCUCCUUCCGCGCCUACGGCCACUUCGCCCCGCCGCCGCCGUACUGAGAGGCCGGAGCACCCCGCCUCCCCGAGAGAGAUCUACUGGGGCUUGCUCGCCGGGCGACUCGAUUCGUUUCGGCCGCCUCCGCCUCCGCCGCCGCCGCUCUCCAUGGAGUAGUUGUUAGUUGGGCGCCAUCCGCCGCGCCGCACCGCAUGUAAAAAGGGAAGGAAUCCUGGGAUUUGUUUACUCGCUGCAUUUUGGUUUCGAACCGGUCGAUUGGAUUGGCUACGAGUGUCAUUUGAUUUGUUGAAGUGAGAAUUGAUCAUCCUGA